AUGAAGUCACUUUUUGUCUACUUCCUCUUCAUUCAGAUUAUUUUCUCUGCAAGCAACGACGAUCUCGUGAUUACGAUCAAGUCCACGAGAAAUAAUCACUAUACUCGUCUUCGGGAUAUUGCUGCCACUUGGCUACAAUGGUUGCCGGAACGAACUUAUGUGAUAUCUGAUGCAUGGGACAAAAAGUUGAAUGAGACUUUUCAUGGGCAUUUCAUCGCCACAAACUGCACGCCAGGACAUUUCAGAAAACAACUUUCUUGUAAAAUGGGUGUAGAAUUGCGAGUGAUGAUGGAAAAGAGUGCAAAAUGGUCAUGUCAUUUCGAUGAUGAUAAUUAUGUGAAUGUGCCAAGAUUGAAAGAAAUUUUGGGAGGAUUCAACUACAAGGAAAAGUUCUAUAUUGGACGUUUAUCAACCGGACCGAUUACUGCCUAUCCAGAACAUGAAACAUUUAUAUUUGCAACGGGAGGAGCUGGGAUUUGUCUAUCUCACGGACUAUUGGUUGAAAUGAGUCGAUACAUUGAUGAUUUUGAGAAAACUGCAAAUUGGCUUCAAUUACCCGAUGAUGUCACUCUUGGAUAUAUUAUUAAUUAUCUUCUUAUCGUAAAUGUGACGGAGAAUUUCUAUUUCCAUUCUCAUUUCGACAGCCUCAUGAAUAUUCCCAUCAGCAAGCUGAAAUUGCAGGCUUCUUUGAGUGGAAUGAAUGGUGAGAUCAUUCACAAUGUAAAUGUAAACGCUCAAAUUGAAAUCGACAAUGGUGUUGUCGGCGAUCCUUUACUUCAAUGUGGCGAUGGACAUAUUGAGAUUCGUUUUGAAACAAGAGCCCCAUUUCGUGGAUUGGUAUUUGUGGAGGAUCGAUUGAAUGAUCCAUCUUGUCGAUCUCCUCCAUCUGAUGGAAAUGGAAUUAGAAACACGUCUCUUAAGAUUGCUUUUGAGGAUUGCGGAACACAAAGGGUUUACUCUCAAUCACCCCGUGGAUUGUUCAUUUCGACAAAAGUCCUUGUUGCUUUCCAUCCGGAGUUCUUGACCAAAUUUGAUCGACUUUAUUAUUUGAAAUGUUUUUACAUGGAGAUGGAGAGAAGAUUACAAAAACAGAUUCAGAUCAGUAUGCCACCACCAACAAUGCAUAGGGCAAACAUUCCGAUGCCAAUUUGUAGAUAUGAAGUGCUUGAUGGAGGGCCAACUGGGCCUCCUGUUUUACAUACAAUUGUUGGGCAAAUGGUAGGGAAAUCAAAAACAUUUGAGCUAAUUUCGAUAGUCGAUGAUGGGAAUGGAGAUCGAGUGACACUUUUGGAUGACAGAGGUUGUGCGCGGGAUAAAUAUUUGCUCAACAAUCUUGAGUAUAUCAAUGAUUUAAUGGCUGGAAGAGAGGCUCAUGUGUACAAAUACGCGGAUCGAGAGAAUAUGUACUUUGAUUGUGAAAUCACCAUAUCAAUCAAAGAACCAGGAAAUGAGCUUUGUGAGUACCCAAAUUGCCCGAAUCCGCCAAGACGAAGACGUUUCUCGAACGCAACUUCUCGAGAAAUUACCGUUCAAAAAUCGAUCAUAAUUAACAAAAAUCAAACUGUUUAUGAGAUUGAAAACGAUAUGGUAACAAAGGCGUCUUUUCUUAAGAUGAAUUUCAAUUUGAGUCAAUUCGGCUUCUGUGCUUCAUCAAUUGGAGCGAUUGCUUUCAUUUUUAUCAAUCUAACAGCAAUUUUUCUCUCAACGACUCUUGUUUUCAACACCUUCGCGAACUUGAAAAGCUCCAGAAAA